UUUAAACGUAUGAUGAAGUCAGAUUAAGAACCUAGAAGCUCAUGGAGUUGUAGGACAAAUCAAAGACAGGUGACAGCAAGACCUCUAGGCAGCCAUGGAGGCUGCCCGAAUGAACGCCGCUGAGGAAAUGGAGGCCUCUGUUACAGGGAGCACCGCUGGCGCCAGCGUCCGCCCGGGAACAACGGCAAAAUCUAACGCUAUACGACCGGUAUCUUCUAAAUACAUGCAGGCGGUUGCUGCCUCCGGAUCAGCCGCUAGCAACCAGCGUCAUGAGGUAUCAAGCCGUGACAGUUACCCUGCGCGGAGCGGUGCAAGCAUGGGAUUGGGUUCUGUUUCCGCCACGCCGGCACAGGGACUGCAUGCUGGCCGCAGCCUCAACCUAACAUCCUCGCUGAGGACACAGGGGGCGCCGUCCACCAGGAUGUCCCAUGGACGUGAGUCCGGAGUGUUUGGUAGCAGCCCUGGUCGCGGCAGCAUCUUGUCGGCGAUCGACACAGCUGCUCAGGAUAGCCGCAAGGAGGCACUAGCCAGGUACAAGCAGGAAAAGGCGGCACGGGCUGGCGCCGCGGCCGUAGGCGCCGGCAGCAUGGGGCCGCCCAGCGCUCCCUCCGCUGCGGCUGCCGGUGCUGGAGCCGCAGCAGGCAGCAGCCAAGGGCCACGGGUACCUGCUCUGAAGCUGGGAGUCCUUCGCGACGCAGCCGCUGCCCAAGCCCAAGCUGCAGCAGUAGCAGGAGGGGAAGCUGGUAAGGGCACGUCAGCUCGUGCGAGUGGAGGUGGAGCCCAGGUUGGCGGCAUUGGUACUGUCGUCAACACGGGUGGAGCCUCGGGUGCGGCGCCGUUGUCUGCUCGCGCUCUCGGACAACUGGCCGGCUCGAAGCCACAGGUGAUGGGGCGCUCGGCGAGCGGGGCCGUGGGCGUAAGCGGCCGCUCCAGCAAUGCCGCUGCGAACGCCGCCAAGUCGCCGCCCGUGCCGCGCUUGUCGUUGGUGCCGUCGGGCGGCCUGCGCGUGGCGGAACAGCAGCUCAAGACGGCAAUGAACUUGCCGCUUCCAAAGGAUGAAGUGUGGGACGCCGCACAGGUGGCCCUGCCGGCGGAUGGUGCCGAGGAGGCCCUGGUGCCAGCCGCUGCCAGAACUCCCUCUUCACGCAUAACUAAGAGCCCCCUCAGGGGUAUGCCCGGCGCCGCGGUUCCCUGGCCUGGACUCGGCCCGUCCCAGCCGUCAUCACAGCAAGUCCCGGCGCAGCCUCAGGCGCAGAACCAGCAGCAGCAGUCCAUGCCCGCACCCGCACGUAGCGCGCAACCGCUCAGCGCUCGGUCCGCGGCCCCCGCAGCAGCAGCACCCCCAGCAGCGCCUGCUGCUGUGCCCGCGGCCCCAGCUGCGCCUGCCGGGCAUGCAAGCCGGGCGUCAUCACAUGCGGAGGCCAGCACCUCUGACACUGGUGGCCGCUCCAUUGAGAAUCAGAUCAAGAUGGUGCGAUUACAGGAGCUGCAGUGGCGGUGCCUCACUGCCAAGCUUGCAGCCGCGGCCCGGCAUCGACGUGACGCGCGCCAACGGGAGAUUGGUGCUGUCUCCAUGCUCAUAGCGGACAUGAUGGCGCAAAACACCGCUGGGGCCGCUGCAAUCGCCACCAAGAAUGCCAUGAAGCGCACGCGAGACGUGCUCAGCACCCAGCUGCCGCUGCUAGAGCAAUGGCGCAACAUGCAGGACGCCCACGGGACGGCCAGCCAGGAGGUGCUCACGGCGCUGCAGAACGCGCUGACCAGCCUGCCCCUCGUCAACGGCGCCGCUCUGGGCACAGGCGGCGGCGACGCCUCCCAGGCGAUACCGCAGCUCCGCCGCGCGCUGGCCACUGGCCUGGCCUCCCUGCAGUCGGCUGAGGCGGCGCUGGGGUCGCUCCUGCAUGGCAGCUCGGGGGGCGGCAGCGGUGGUGCUGCGGAGGCACGGGGCGCCAGCCAGCAGCAGGGCGGUGUGCCGGCCAUGGCUGAGCUGCUACCACAGCUGCAUGAGACGCUUGUGGAGGAGGUUGCCACCCUGCGCUGCAUGCUUGCCAACCUCAACCAGCUGGCCACCAAGAUGGACGAGGCCGCCUGCCUGCGGGCGCACACCACUGCAGCGCUGGCGGCCCGGCAGGCGCAGGCGCGGGAGGAGGGCGAGGGGGCGAUGGACAUAGAUGCAGUGAUGGACGCCGCCCUGGCGGCGUUGGGCCUGGGGGUGGCGUAAUGCACUCGUCUGCCCCUGGUCAUGUGGCAUGUGUAUGCAUGCGGCUUAAGGAUGUGGUUGCGGAGAAGGCGGGUCAGGGGCAGAUGAAUUGUACAUCGUGGUGUGACAGGUGUUUGGAUUGCCAGUAUGCAUUCCUGACCAGCAGGUGUUGUCUAACGGACUCGAACGGAGACGGCCAUAUGAGAGGAGAAUAGGGAAAAUAGUCGGGAGCAGAUGUGCACCCACAGGUAUCCGGGCGUGUGUUGUGUCGGCAGGAUUGCCAAGUCCGCAUGCUGGUGGCCGUUCGUGAGGCCAUGAAUAACUGGUUGACAUGUACAUUCAACGUUAUUAGGUUGCGGCACAUAUCACUACUACCGGACACGUACCGGUAUAGAUUUUUGAAUACCUGUACAAUGCACUCGCGUCCACCCUAUUUCAGCCACCUUGCCACCGAAAGUUUGAGGGCUCUCCAAUUUGUUGAGCAGCAUGGAAUGUCAUAGGCCGGUGGUACUGUAUGGCUAGAUAGGCGCAUGGUGACGAUUCUGGAAAGCAUGACUGGACUUCAGCUGCACUGAACAUAAUCAUAUGGCGAGGGGGCCACGGAGGGAGAGGUCUUGACAUGUCUUGGAAGCGGCGCAAGCCACAAACGUUACAACGU